UACAUUCUGCAGUGAGUCUCCAGUCGUACCAGGUCCACUGCAUACAUCUAGGCUGCCCCGCAUAGGACUACAUGCAACAUAGGAGUCCGAAUUCAGACUUGCCAAAAUCAGAGACGCCUUUUUGGUAUUUAUGAUCGAUCCCGAUCUAGUAUUUGUGCUAGUUGUUCAAAGGCUUCCUGGGAGGAUGCCGACGCCGACCAAGUUUUGUCAGAGUACACUUCCUCCAUUGACGUCCAGCUCUGGUCGUGAUUUUGCUCGACUCGCCCAGUACGAAACAUUCAUGACAUGAACUCACCCUCAUCUCUCCGAGACCUCUACAACGGCUCUUCAUCUGCUUGGUCUUUUGUUCCACCACCAUUGCCGCCCAGUGCCAAUACCUCUUCUUCGGCAUCUUCGAGCUCUUCGUUUCAAUGGUCGACGCGCCCAACACCAAACUCUAUCUUUGAUCUUUCACCAGAUUUGAAUGAUGCUAAUGGCAUCAAUGCCGUUGAUCUCUUCAAGACCCUCGCUGCGUCUGCAGUGUUGCAGUACGCAAGUAGUGCCAUUGCCAUGCCUUGGGAAGUCGGCAAGAUGCUGCUCCAGGUGCAGUGGGUACCUAGAGAUUCACACGACUACCAUUCCGAUGUUGGACCUGAGGACGAUGACGAUGCGCUGAGUGAUUCUUCCAACGAUAAUGAAUCCUAUUUUGCGGACCCAGAAAUCACACCGAGGAUGCGCCACCCUGCCCAAGUGGACGAACACGGAUAUGUUAUCCGUCGAUCCGUUCUUGAAGAGGGUACACGUCCGGAGUACAUCAUUCCUGUCGGCAGUGCUAGCGGGGUCUGGGGCAUGAUUAAACGCGUCGGUCGUUUCAGAGGAGAGGGCUGGCUAGCAUUGUGGAAAGGAUUGCUCACUUCAUGUUUCACGGAAGUUUUGUCUACAACUUUCCAGCCCCUCAUUCACAAUAUUCUCCAAUCUUUAUUCCUUCCCACAACACCUCUUUUCCAACAGCCCCCCCUCUUACUCCCGAUUGCUUCUCAUAUAAUAACCGGGUUUCUACUCUCUCCAUUGGAUCUCGUUCGCACUCGACUGAUUGUUCAAUCGUUCGUUCCUCGAUAUCGCAGCUACAGUGGUCCCAUCGAUGCACUUUCCCAAAUACUCAGAGACGAGGGUGGUUUCCAAGGAAUUUACCUCCAUCCCAAUCUAUUCAUCCCUAUGGUCAUUGAUACCGCGCUGCGGCCCGCUGUCUCAUUGGCGCUACCGGGUCUACUUGUAUCGUAUCUUGGCACCCACAUUACUGAGGAUACCAGUCCUUUUGCCUGGGGAUUUGCCGAAUUGGCGGGUAGCUGUAUAGGUCUUCUCAUCACCUUGCCAUUUGAGACAAUCAGACGGCGAUUACAAGUACAAGUCCGAGGAAGUGCAAGGCCAAUCAGAGGUUGCGUUGAACUUCGACCAGCCCCUUACAAUGGUGUCAUAGACGCACUGUGGCAUAUUAUUACAGAGGAGCGAUCGGAUCUUCCCAUAGUUCGACGAACCAAGAAGAGACGGACGAGCAGAGGUUCUACCGAGAGGGAUGGUGAGGCACAGAAUAACUCAAGAGGAGAAGAUAACUGGUCACACCGUACUGGAAUAGGCCAGCUAUAUCGGGGUAUGGGAAUGAGAUUGGGGGCAAGCGUUAUAGUAUUUUUGCUCGCGCUGAUCACUGGCGGCGAUAAUUCAGACGGGGGUUGGGCGGAAUUGUAAUCAUCGGGCAACUUUGAAUUAUACAGAUCCAACACUUUCGCUCUCGUUUCAAGAUGUACGCUGAAAUCGUAGGAUGAAAAGGUGUUCGGAACCGGCGCGGCGGUGGAGCACCGU